UUUCUUAAUUCCCCUCGCCUUCCCCCAUUACCACCACCUCCAGCCGAUCUCGCCUCCCACUAUCCGCUGCUCCACCCUCCGGCCCGGUAUCCUGCCUGCCUGUCCACUGCCACCAAGGAGAGACCCGAGGGAGCAACGAGGUGGGGAGUAGCCGGGACCUGCGGCUUCCUCCCUACCCAUCCCUGGCCUCCGGCCCGGGACCGAAGCCACUUGAGCCAGCGGAGAGAGUCGUCACCGUGUCUUCAUUGCCUUCAGGGCUGCUGAGAAGGCUAACAGAAGUGGCAGAACCGUGGACUCUUUAGAAAGAAGGCUGAGAAACUAAAGAGUGACCAGUGGUUGGACUCUUGCCGGCGCUUACCCUGAACCUGAGUGUUAGGGGAGAGGGAAUCUGCUGCUGCGGUUUCUGGAGCUGCUCAUAAGCAAGAGUUCCCUAUCCUGAUCAAGGCUUUAAGCCUAAAAGAAAGCAGAAAUAGGUCAAGGGCAGCCCAAGUGCCCAAUUUCUCUCUCUCUUCACAAAGCACCGCCAGCUAUAGAGAUGAGAAAUUCUGAAGAGCAGCCAAGUGGAGGAACUACGGUAUUGCAACGUCUGCUUCAAGAGCAGCUUCGCUAUGGCAAUCCCAGUGAGAAUCGUAACCUGCUUGCCAUACACCAGCAAGCCACAGGGAAUGGCCCUCCAUUCUCCACUGGUAGUGGGAACCCAGGCCCUCAGAGUGAUGUGUUGAGCCCCCAGGAUCACCACCAGCAGCUCGUGGCACACCCAGCUCGACAAGAACCCCAGGGCCAGGAAAUCCAAUCAGAAAACGCCAUCAUGGAGAAGCAGCUGUCCCCUCGAAUGCAGAAUAAUGAAGAACUCCCAACCUAUGAAGAAGCCAAGGUCCAGUCUCAAUACUUCAGGGGCCAACAGCAUGCUAGUGUUGGGGCUGCCUUCUAUGUCACAGGAGUCACUAACCAGAAGAUGAGAACCGAGGGACGCCCAUCAGUUCAGCGACUCACUCCUGGCAAGAUGCACCAAGAUGAAGGACUUAGAGAUCUUAAGCAAGGGCAUGUCCGAUCCCUGAGUGAAAGGCUAAUGCAGAUGUCACUGGCUACCAGUGGAGUUAAAGCCCACCCACCUGUUACCAGUGCUCCUCUCUCCCCGCCACAACCCAGUGACCUCUACAAGAAUCCCACCAGUUCCAGUGAAUUCUACAAGGCUCAAGGGCCAUCUCCCGGCCAACAUAGUCUGAAGGGCAUGGAACACCGAGGCCCCCCACCAGAAUAUCCUUUCAAGGGCAUGCCAUCCCAGUCUGUAGUAUGCAAGUCCCAAGAGCCAGGGGGCCACUUCUAUAGUGAGCAUCGCCUGAACCAGCCAGGGAGAACAGAGGGGCAACUGAUGAGAUAUCAGCACCCCCCUGAGUAUGGGGCAGCCAGGGCAACACAGGACAUCUCGCUGUCUUUGUCAGCAAGGAAUUCUCAGCCUCACAGCCCGACAUCUUCCUCGACAUCUGGCAGUUCCUUACUGCAGUCUCCACCAUCUACCAGAUUGUCUCCUGCUCAACACGCCUUGGUCGCAAACCAAGGUGACCAUUCUACUCACCUCCCAAGGCAGCAGCAGCAUUUUCAUCCUAAUCAGAGUCACCAGGGAGACCACUACCGUCUCUCCCAGCCCACCUUGCCUCCUCCAACACCACAGCAGCCAGGAGAAGCCUACUCAGCUAUGCCUCGGGCUCAGCAGUCUGCUUCUUAUCAGCCCAUGCCAGCUGAUCCUUUUGCCAUCGUCUCUAGAGCCCAGCAGAUGGUUGAGAUCCUCUCUGAUGAGAAUCGCAACUUGCGGCAGGAGUUGGAUGCAUGCUAUGAGAAGGUGGCAAGACUGCAGAAGGUGGAGACAGAAAUCCAACGGGUCUCAGAGGCAUAUGAAAAUUUGGUGAAGUCGUCUUCCAAAAGAGAGGCUCUGGAGAAAGCCAUGAGGAACAAACUGGAGGGGGAGAUUCGAAGGAUGCACGACUUCAACCGAGAUCUGAGAGAGCGUCUAGAGACUGCCAACAAGCAGCUGGCAGAAAAAGAGUACGAGGGGUCAGAGGACACCAGGAAAACCAUCUCUCAGCUCUUUGCCAAAAAUAAAGAAAGCCAGCGAGAGAAGGAGAAGCUGGAAGCAGAGCUGGCUACUGCUCGUUCUACCAAUGAAGACCAAAGGCGACACAUUGAAAUCAGAGACCAGGCAUUGAGCAAUGCCCAGGCCAAGGUGGUGAAGCUGGAAGAAGAGCUGAAAAAGAAGCAAGUGUAUGUCGAUAAGGUGGAGAAGAUGCAGCAGGCCCUAGUGCAGCUCCAGGCAGCUUGUGAGAAACGUGAGCAGCUGGAGCACCGACUCCGGACACGUUUGGAGAGGGAACUGGAAUCCCUUAGAAUCCAGCAGCGCCAGGGCAACUCUCAACCUACCAGUGCUUCCGAAUACAACGCUGCUGCACUGAUGGAGCUCCUUCGGGAAAAGGAGGAGAGAAUUCUGGCCCUGGAAGCAGAUAUGACAAAGUGGGAGCAGAAGUAUUUGGAAGAGAAUGUGAUGAGACAUUUUGCUCUGGAUGCUGCUGCAACUGUGGCUGCACAGCGAGACACAACUGUCAUUAGCCACUCUCCCAACACCAGCUACGACACAGCCUUAGAGGCUCGUAUCCAGAAGGAAGAGGAAGAAAUCCUGAUGGCCAACAAGCGCUGCUUGGACAUGGAGGGAAGGAUUAAGACCCUCCAUGCCCAGAUUAUUGAAAAGGAUGCCAUGAUCAAAGUGCUGCAGCAGCGUUCCAGAAAGGAGCCAAGUAAGACAGAGCAGCUGUCAUCCAUGAGGCCAGCGAAGUCUCUGAUGUCCAUUUCCAAUGCUGGAUCAGGCCUGCUUGCCCACUCAUCUACUCUGACUGGUACCCCCAUCAUGGAGGAGAGGCGAGAUGACAAAAGUUGGAAGGGGAGCCUAGGCAUUCUUCUGGGUGGAGACUACCGUGCUGAGUCUGUCCCGUCCACACCUUCGCCUGUACCUCCAUCAACUCCCCUGCUCUUGGCUCACUCGAAGACAGGCAGUCGAGACUGCAGCACCCAAACCGAACGUGGAUCGGAAUCAGCCAAAACCGCAGCUGCCACUCCCAUCUCUGUGCCGGUGCCUGUUCCAGUUGCUGCUGCUGCCACUGCUGCUGCCAUCACUGCAGCUGCUGCCACCAACACUGCCACAGCUGCCACCAACACCACUAUCAUGGUAGCUGCUGCUCCAGUUGCCGUUGCUGCUGCUGCUGCUCCGGCUGCUGCCACUCCCCCAUCUCCAGCAAAUGCCGCUGCUCUUGCUGCUGCUGUCUCUCCAGCCGCUGCUGUCUCUCCAGCUGCUGCUAUCUCUCCAGCUGCUGCUGUCUCUCCAGCUGCUGCUGUUCAGAUUCCAGCUGCUUCAUGUCUUACUUCUGCUACUGUUUCUCCCACUCCUUCUGCUGCUACUGCUGCUGCCACAGCAGCAGCUGCUGUUGCUGCUGCUGCUACUGCUGUUCAGGUUGCUCCAGCUGCUUCGGCUCCGGUUCCAGCUCCAGCUCCGAUUCCGGCUCCAGCAACGGCUCAGGCUUCUGCUCAGACUCCGACUCAAGCAUCAACUCCAGCUCCGACAGCAGCUCCUACUCCAGCUCCAACUCCAACUCCAGCUUUGGUUCAGGCUGAGGGUCCUGCAAGUCCAGGUGCCACUUCUGGACCACGCUGUUUGUCCACACCAAUUCUGAUGUGCAACCCAGACAAGCCAGAUGGUCCUGUUUUCCACACCAGUACUCUGGAAAGAAAAGCACCCAUUCAAAUCCUGGGUCAAGAGCCUGAUGCAGAGAUGGUGGAGUAUCUCAUCUAAACAGCAUCAUCAAGAGCUGACGUUAUCAGCAAGAGAUCUUUUAACCAUUUUUCCCUUUUGUUUGCUUAAUCUGGGGUGAUGAUGGGGUUGGGAGGUGGGGUGAUUUUUUUAAAGGGACUUUAUAUUGGACUCUUGUAGUACUUAAUACCAUGAGAACUCCAGUCUAUUUUUGGAAUACAUAGGGAGUACCUCGAAAUGAUAGGUUAAGCCGAAUGCACUCUAAAGCUUAUUGGUGGAAUUGAUGCAAAUCAUGGACUUUUAACCUGUAAUGAUGUCCAUUGAUUUAAGAUGUUUCAAUUUGUUUUUCAAGUUGCCAAUUUGAGGUCAUUUUUCAUUGAAGAAUACAGUAUGUGUGGAAGGCAGUUUGGAACACGUAGUUCAGAAGUGGAAAUCCAGAGAAAGUUUGAGGCCUUGCUGCUUUGUCUAGCUACUACCUAGACAACAGCCACAGAAAGUUUUCACUUUGAGCUGGGGAAAGAAAAUGUUUUUAGGAGCUCUGAAAGCUGGAGAAAAGGAAGAGAGUAUUGGGGUUAAGAAGGGUGCUGGAGGUAAUUUUCUCUCCCAGUUGCCAGUUACCCUGACCUCUCAUAUCGAUGGUAUUUAUCUCCAUUUCAAUGGUGCUUUGGAAGUGGAUUCUUUUGGUCCCCUCCUGGAGGUUCAUACAUUCAUAUAUAUACUCUGGAAUAAUUUAUGCAUUUGGAUAAUUAAUAUAUUGCUUUCAGAUGGUAGGAGAGUAAAUGAACAGAGUGAUGCACAACUUCCUCACUGAUAGGGAGUUAGUUACAAGCCUUGAUGGAGGUCUUCAUGAGAUGUUGCAUGCAGAUUUUAGUGAUCUGAGAAUAGUCAUGAACAUGGAUGGCUCAGUCACCUUAAAUGAGACCAGUUGACUGACUUAGCUUUUAUUUCUUCCACAAUGCAGACUCACAAUGCAGUCCCCUUUUUUUGCCAAUAAUUUGCAAAAUGAAGAAACAUCUUUUAUUUUUUGGACAGGUUGAAUGUGUUGAUUUUCUGCCUAAUACUUGGAAAUAUUUCAUUUAUGUUUCCCCAAAUUCUUAGCAUGUGUCUUAAAGGCAUAUGCAACUGUCACCUCCAUGGAAAUAACACAAGAUGUCCAAAGUACCAGGCUGCAGUCAGGAGAGAGGUUGAUUGCAGCAAUCUCCUCAACUACCUCUUCUCACUGUCAGUGACUCCACCUUGGAAUCCCCUUGGGAAGCAGCUGGGAAUGUAUACAUGGGCGGGACCAAACUGGGAGCCUUGCCAUAGGGCUGCCUCUAAGGACACAGAGGCUGUCAGUUGUCAUGGGUCCUUGUCCUUAGUCUCUGCCCUUCAUUAAAAUGAUAGAACUGCAGAUAGUAUCACUAAGAUCAGUUUUCAGGGGGUAUAGGGAGGGUAAGGGGAGGGGGGCUAUUAGGUAAAGGGGAGUAGAGGUUUAGUGAUAGGUUAAGUUAGAGAUCAGAUUAAUAGAAGGGUAGCCUGUAUAUUAUUCUAUGGGCUUUAGUGAUGGGAAGGAACUUUAUCUAGCAGUGUAGCUCUUCCAUCUAAUUUUAGUGAUGAGGAAUCUGAGACUUGGAAAAGUUUGAAUUUUCAAGAUCAUUCAGCACAUCUAUCU